UUCACUAAUGUCGAUAUUUUCAUUUGGCUUUGUUCUAUGAUGUUGAUAAGAAUGUAGUGAUUGUUAAAGGGUUUCACUAGCUUCAGUUCAGUGGCAUGUACUCAAGUCCCAUUUGGGAACCAAAUUACCAAACCAUUCUUACUUGUGUGAAGGAUUACAUGAUAAUCAGAGUGAGCUUCAUGGUUGUAGCUUCGGUUGCUGCACUCAAGAUUUCGCAGACAAAAUCCACUUCUUCCACAAAGAGAAACGGUUCAAUAAAAUCUCAAGGAAGUGAUGGGUCACACUUGGAACAAGAGUUUGAAGAGAGGGAAAAUAACAUUUCUAAGGCUAAUCAUGUUCUACAGGUAGAGAGUCAUGCACCCUCUAUGUGUAUUUGUGUAAAACAAAAAAAAACAAAAAAAAAGAGUGAAGAGGAGCAGAAUAACUCUGGAAUGCCACAAAAUCUGAUAAAAGGGGAAUUUAAGGGCUUGGAGCUGUUAGUAGGUGGUGAGAAAAUCCACAAUGUUACUGAAAAAGAGGUACUGCAGAAUUUAAUACGAAAUUACAAGCAAAGAGAAGUAAACCUUGAAAGGAAGCUUCUUGAAUUGAAUGCACUAAGAGAAGAACAUUCAGCCAUUGUCCAAAUGCAGAAGCAAUUAGAUGAAAAGACAGAAAAAUUGGACUUUCUUAAGAAGACCAUUGCUUCCUUACAGUCAGAGAAUACAAGUAUUCUAGAAAAAGUAAGAGAGGAUCUCUUGUCAAAAAAAGAGCUAGAUAUUACAAAUAAAAUGAUAAAUGAGAUGAAAAGGAAGAAGGAGGAUGUUGUGAGGAAGCAAAUAUUGAUGCUCCAACAGCAAGUAACUGAAUUUCAGAAGCAUAAUAGUUCAGGUAGAAAUGCUACUGCAAAUAAGAAACUUAAAGAAGUUCAAGGCAUGGAGGUAGAGGUUUUGGAACUGAAGAGGAGAAAUAAAGAGCUUGAGUUGGAAAAAAGAGAGAUGGGAAUUAAGUUGGUCACUGCCCAAGCAAGAAUCAGAACAGAGGAGGAAAGAGGUGCCCGAAUAAACGAAGAAAUCACUGGUUUACGUCAAGUGCAUGAAGAACUUUCAGAACAAGUUGAAAGAUUGCAGAGAAACAGAUUUGACAUGGUUGAGGAACUUGUGUACCAACGGUGGCUUUACUCUUUGUUGAGGUUCGAAGUCCAGGAUCAUCAAAAACAAAGUAGAAAGGCCUCGAGAAGAGAUUGCAGCCAGAAUUCAAACAAAGAACUGUGUGGGGAAAAGCAUGCAUCAGUAUCUGAUCUUGAGAUUGAAAGCGUAUCUUCUAAUGCCACAUUGGAUGAGAAUGAGAGUGAUGAAAUUGAAACUAAUACUACCUUUGAAAGCUCCUCCAGUAGCCAAAGUAGUGGCAGCAGCAGCAUAAAAAUGAAGAGUUGGAGGAAAAUCAAAGAUUUUUCUAACAAAAUUUCAUCAAAGGGUAGGAAUUUUGCGAGCAGCCCUGGCAUGACACGUAGGUUUUCUAUGUCAAUGGUUGAAUCAGAUAGUGUUAAUAGUCCAGUGAUCAACCUAUCCCAAACUGAGAAUAGUACAUUCAAAUCAUUAGAGAGUCCUAUAAUGUCAAAAAUUAAGAGGGUCUCUUUUAGUGAUUCAGUUAAAUUAUCUACAUAUCAAGAUAUGGCAGAGGAAGUUGAGAAUAAUACAGUAGAUGACAAAGAAACAAGGUGUGAGCAGAUCAUGGAGCUGGCUUCAAGUGUUAAGAGCUUCACCAACAUUGAUUCCAUUGAAGAGAAUGAAGGUGGCAAGAAUAAUAAAACUGGUCAUUCAGAUGAAGUGUAUUCAAGGAAUGAGCCCAUGUCUAGAAAGGAUAACUGGAUCAAAACCAUGUUGGUGCAGCUGGUAGCAUUUUUAUUCUUUUCACUUAUCCUGCUAGCAUGUUUCAUGAUCAAAUAACAAUAUCCUUAAUUAAUUAUGUGUUGAGUAGUGUAAUUCAAAUGAAUGGUCUAUAUUUGCCUAUAUGGCUUGUACAUAUAGUUUGAAGGUUUAAUUUGUACAUAUAGUAUGAUAGUAAAGUCUAUAGGUAUCAGCUGUAUACUUUAGACUGUUGUGUUAUAUGUUUGUAUCAUCUGUUAAGUUGACCAUUAAAGUUUAAUAUGCUCUAUAAAUAUAUAUUUGUAUCAUUGCUA